UUUCGAACGAUCGAUAGAUUUUCUGAUAUGGAAACAGAAAAAUGGAAAUCUGUUACUGUGAAAAAAAUGAUGGCUGCAUGGGCAUACCUUCACCCAUCCCGAUGGACAACUAACGAGGUUUCUGAUUGGAUGGCGUUUGUGGCAAAGCGGCAUGGGAUCGAUGACGAAACUUCCGCCCGCCAUGUUACCGUGUUUGAAGAUGUCAGGGGAGACAAGUUAUGUAACAUGUCUCGAGAGGAUUUUCAGUCUUUAGAACCUUGUUUCGGAGGCUUAUAUUUUGAUGUGUUCAGAAAAAUCUUCCAUGAGUGCAUUCCACCCUCAGAUGUGAUGACUAGUGCUGCUCAACAUGACUGUAAACCAGAGUCCAGGACAAUACAAGGAUGUCAAACGUGGCAGGAACCAGCAAACAUUCAACCCAGACACUGUUAUUCCGAAAAUGACAGCCAGCCAAAAUCAGAAUCAACCGAAAACUUGCCAUAGAGUAUUUAUGAUAAAUUAGAAUAUUUCAUUUAAAUAAAGAUCCUGAAGAUAUUGGAG